UAUGGGGCUUCUGAAUCUCACAAUCAAAGCUUUAAAGAAACUCCUUUCCAAAAAAAAUAAAUAUAAUUAAUAGUAUAAUAAAACUCGACGCCCAAACUCAUUCAGUCUUCUUCUUUGGCGACUGAGUCCGAGACUGAUAGUGUUUGAGAAAAAAGAAUAUAAGAUCCCUUUUCUCCUGUCAUUGUAAUUCUCAUGGAAAAUCAAAUUAAGAUUUAUUGUUAAUAAUUAGGGCAAAAAAUUUAGAACUUUCGGGAAAAAAAAAUGCGUCGGGAGAUCUCGAUUUUGAUACAGCCUCGGUGCCUUCUUCUCUUCAUUUCUCUCUCAAUUCUCCUCAUUUUCGCUUUCUCAGGAGCCAAACGGGAGGAAGAGAAGAUUGUAGAAGAAGAGCAUGAAAUCACUCACAGAGUAUACUUGGAUGUGGAUAUUGAUGGCCAGCGUGUAGGUAGAAUAGUUAUUGGAUUGUAUGGCGAAGUUGUACCAAAAACUGUUGAAAAUUUCAGGGCUUUGUGUACAGGAGAGAAAGGCAAGGGUGCUAAGGGGAAAGCACUUCAUUAUAAGGGAACGCCAUUCCAUCGCAUAAUAUCUGGAUUCGUGGUUCAAGGCGGUGAUAUCAUUCAUGGUGAUGGAAGAGGAAGUGAGUCUAUAUAUGGUGGCACCUUCGCUGAUGAGAACUUUAAGAUAAAACAUUCACAUGCAGGUGUAGUUUCCAUGGCUAAUUCAGGACCUGAUUCCAAUGGCUCUCAGUUUUAUAUCACCACUGUCAAAGCCAGUUGGUUGGAUGGAGAGCAUGUUGUUUUCGGUAAGGUUAUUCAAGGCAUGGACAUUGUGUAUAUGAUCGAAGGCGGAGCCGGGACCUACAGUGGGAAACCUAGAAAGAAGGUGAUAAUCGCCGACUCCGGUGAGAUACCAAAGAGCAAAUGGGAUGAGGAAACAUGAAGCUCCUGUUUAUAUAAAAAAACUGAGAGGAUUUUUCCUUUUUGUUGUUUUUUAUUUUGCUGAUUUCUUUCUAAUAUAUUUGAUUCAUAUUUUGCUCCAUUGUAUCAUUUCCUUUAUGAACUACUUUAUUAGAUCAAAGACCAAGAAAUAUAGGCUUCACUUAAAAAAUAUUGUAGCUCACCUGUUUUUUAGUUAAUUAUAUUUGGCAACUAUUAUUAACAAAUAA